AUGCUCCGCUCCCCCAGGAGCCGUGGGGACCUCGGGAGUGUCCGCGGGGACAUCGCUGCAGUCCCAGCCCGGCCCUGCGGCCGCUGCUGGGGGACGCAGGAGCCGCGGUCCCGCCUGGCGGAUCCCGGGGGUCCCGGUGGGUCCCGGUGGGUCCCGCCACCAAAUAAAGGAGCCGAGGUUCGCUCCGAGCCCGAGUCCAGCCGCGCCCAGCGAGGAACCCCCGCGCCCGGCGGGGACACCGGGGUUGGGCCCGCAGCACCCCCGCGCCUUUCGGGGGGCUGGGGGCGGCUGCGCCGGGGGUCCCUGCGGCUGCCAGGGUGGCCGCGGAUGCGUCCCCAAAUCCCCUGGGCCGCCGGCCCCGCGGCGCUGCUGCUGCUCGCCGCCCUGCUCGCCACCGUGCUCGCCAAUGAGGUGCUGCCCAACGGCCGCGGCAGGAAGAAGGUGGUUCACGUGAUGGAGGGUGACAGCGGCGCCGUGGUGGUGCAGACGGCGCCGGGCAAGGUGGUGACCCACCGCGGCGGCACCAUCAUCCUGCCCUGCCGCUACCACUACGACAUUUCCGCGCACGACCCGGCCGAGAUCCGCCUCAAGUGGACCAAAGUGACCGAGCCCAUGGAUUUCGUGGACGUGUUCGUGGCGCUGGGCAAAGCCCGGAGGGCGUUCGGCUCCUACCGGGGCCGCACGGCGCUGCAGGAGGACGGGGCGGGCGACGCCUCCCUCAUCAUCCGCAACGUCACCCUGCAGGACUACGGGCGCUACGAGUGCGAGGUGACCAACGAGCUCGAGGAUGACACCGGAGUGGUCAAACUGGACCUGGAAGGGGUGAUUUUCCCGUACCACCCGCGCUUGGGGCGCUACACCCUGAAUUUCCACGAGGCUCAGCAGGCGUGCCUGGAGCAGGACGGGAUCCUGGCGUCGCACGAUCAGCUGCACCAGGCGUGGCUGGAGGGGCUGGACUGGUGCAACGCGGGCUGGCUGCAGGACGGCUCGGUGCAGUACCCGAUCUCCCGGCCCCGCGAGCGCUGCGGCCGCAAGGACACGCCCGUGGGAGUCCGCAAUUACGGCUUCAGGCACAAGGAGAGCGAGCAUUAUGACGCCUUCUGCUUCACCUCCAACCUCAACGGUGAGGGGGUGUGCUGGCUUGUCUGCCGAGAAAGGCAGAAAAUUCGGUUUGGAAAGGGGGAUGCAAACCGCCCUCCCUCCGAAUUAUUAUGAUUUUGAAAUUAAGGGGCUCUCAGGCAAAGAUCUGGGAAUUAGUGUUCAUGAGCUCCACCGAGCUUCCAUCCUCCUUCUACAGCCUCAAAACGUGUUCAUGGGGUCCUCGGGAUUUUCAUCCAUCACCUCCAGCCCCCAAAAAUGUGUUUGAGGUCUCCACAGAGCUUCCCUCCAUCACCUCCAGCCCCAAAAAUAAGUUGGGGGGACUCCAGAUCGUUUGUACUCCUGCACUUCUCCAACCUCCUCAAAACGUUUUUGGGGCUUCAAAGGGUUUUUAUGCAUCAUCUCCACCCCAAAAAUGCGUUCAUGUGGUCCACAGGGUUUUCAUCCAUCACCUCCAGCGCCCCAAAAC